AUGCGCCGAACACAAACUGUUGAGACCCUGGGUUUUCCCGUUCUGACGGGCGGCGCGGAGCUGGGUGCGAGGCUCUGGCGGUACCGAGCGCUGCCGCCGUGCCCGUCACGUUCCGGGCCCCGGAGCGGAUCGCUCCCGCUCGGCCCGGGGACCGAGGGGCACCAAGGCUGGAACAGGCGGGGACCGAGCGGGGAUCGAGGGGGGGAACGAGACGGGACCGAAGGAGGGAGCGAGGCCCGGCCGGCUCCGCCGCCCCCGGGCCGGCCCCGCCCCGCCUGUCGGGUGCCGCGGUUGCCCGAUCUGUUGUGUUACUUUGCAUCUCAUGCAGUCAUCUGGUGCAAGGCCUCAGGCCUGACCCCCUCUACCUUCCUAAAGGAGAAGUUUUUCAAGAGGAAGGAGCAUGCCAGCACUGGAGGGAGUUUUCUGCCCAAAAUUCACCCAUUGGUGGAUGUGGGUAAGACUGGUCAAAAGUUGUUGCCAGUUGCCCCGAAAGAGACCUUUAUUCAGGUUUCCCCACCAGAGAUGGUAUUUCAGAACUCCGUCGCUCAUGAGGUCUCGGAAAUGGUACUGUCUCUCACAAACAAGGACAAGUUUCCUCGGCUGGUGCAGGUCUACAUGGAGAGAUCACCUUAUUUUGAGCUGUUGUGCCCCAAUGAUGCAUACCACAUCAUCCCACCAGGCACAUCUUCCCAUGUGCGCAUCCGCUUCACCCCCGACGAGACCAAGGAUUAUUCCCAUGAGCUCUUCUGCAUCACUGGAACAGAAAGAAUAGUUGUGCCAAUUCGGGCCAUUGCUGCCCGAGCAAUCCUGGACUUCCCUGACCAGCUGGACUUCUCAGAGUGCCCAGUCAAGUACAGCAGCCAGAAGACUCUGCUGGUUCGCAAUGUUGGUAACGUGGAAGCUCAUUACCAGCUGAGCACCCAGAGUCCUUUCUGCGUGGUUCCAGACAGGGGAACUCUGGCCGCUGGUGACACCAUGCAGGUGACAGUGGGAUUUCACCCGCUGACGGUCGGUGACCAUUCCGGGUCCCUGGUAGUGUGCUGCAACACAGGUGAGUGUAUCCGCACAAACCUUCACGGAGAAGCUGUAGAUGUCAACAUUGGGUUGAGCACCAAUUCCAUGGAGGUUGAGAAGACUUUAAUCACCACAUCAAGCUACACAACCGUGUUCAUUGAAAACAGGAGUAACAUCACAGCCCGCUUCCAGUGGAAGACUUUUCCUACUGAGGAAGAUGAGAAUGAAGAGAAGAGAAGGAAGUGCUAUUUUCUGCGGCCAUGGAACGAGCUGUGGCUGGAAAGCUUCAUGGAGGAUAAAAAAAUAGAGCAGGAGAAGGGCUAUUGUGAAGAUAACACUGCCCUCAUGAGCCAUAUGGUCCAGGAGAAGAUGGCAAAGGUGCAAGAAGACCCCAUGCUGUUCUCUGAUGACAUUUUUUCCAUUGAGCCAAUGGAGGGAGAAAUUGGGCCGAACUGUUGCACCAAAAUCAAGGUGACCUUUAAACCUGUAGAAGCACUGGAGUAUCGAAGUGUGGCUUACUGCAACAUCUCAGGCCGAGAGAGCAGGCUGCCCCUGCGCCUCAUCGGGGAAGGCCAAGAACUUUUGGUUGAACUCAGCUAUCAUACACUGAAUGUUGGGAAGAUUUUAGUCGACACCCCCCACGUCUAUGAGGUGAAACUGAUUAACCAAGCACCUAUUGAUGCUCCCUUCACCUAUGUCCCUUCAACCACAACCGUGGGCUACUGCUUCAAGUUUGCACCUGAGGAGGGCAUCAUUGCACCAGGUGGGAUCCAGACCAUCCAGAUCUCCUUCAGUGCCACCGUACUGGGGAGGUUUGAGGAAGAAUUCCAGUUCAGUGUGGCUGGAUCUCCUACACCUGCAAUCCUGACAAUCAAGGGACAUGUCUGUGAACCGACUGUACACUUCAACGUCGAUGAGCUCGACUUCGGUGACAUUUCCUUUGGCUUUCCCUACACCAUGACCUGUCGCCUCACUAACCCCUCCCCAGUGUCCCUGAGGUUCAAGCUCCGCAUGUCUGACGAUGGCACUCAGCCUGCUGUUAGCAGCUUUGAUCAAAUACACAAGCAUAAUGACCCAUCCUGGAAGCACGGAAUUCAUUUUUAUGUGGAGCCAAGAGAGUUUACAAUGAAUCCCAGCCAAGGGACCAUCCUUCCCCAGGGACACCAGGAUAUCGAGGUGACCCUGUGUUCCAACACCGUGAUGGAAUUCUACCGGAGAAUGCUGGUGGACCUGGAGGGUAUUGGCAAUGGAGUGGCAUCAGUGACCAUCAUGGCCAGAUGUCUCGUUCCUGAGCUGCGAGUGUACCCUCACGUCCUGCUGUACAAUGAGUGCCGCCUCAAGGUGCCCUACGAGAGGAAGUUCCUCGUUGUGAAUAACACCGACCUUCCUGGCUGCUACGGGCUUAUUCCCCAGAAACGCAAGGAGGACACUCCUGUGUUCUACUCCAGCCCCAAACCCUGUGGGAUUGUCCAGCCUCACAGCAUUGAAGAGAUUCCAGUUAUAAUCGAAGUCCAAACAUUGGGCGAGCAUCGCACCAGUGUUCUUAUCAGCGUGUUUGGGGAUGAGAGAAACCCACGGCAUAUAGUAUUACAGAGCAUUGGAGAGCUGACAGACAUCAAGCUGAGUCCAGGGCUGAUAGAGUUUGGUGUGAUCCCACUGCUACAGCCUAGUUCACAAAUUCUUACCCUCUUCAACAAUGGUCUUAUCCCUGUAGACUUCAGGAUACAGAUGCCUCUGAUCUCUGUGCCGUUGAAGAGCCUCUUUGGGGACCAGCUGCAGAGAAAGGCAGCUCCUCAAUAUGUGGAGGGUUUCAAAUCCCGGUACUUCAGUUUUGAACCCAAAGAAGGAGUGAUCCCUGCUAGGGGCGAGUUUCCUGUGACUGUCACAGCAACCCUGGAUGACACUGGGUUUUUUGAUAACACUAUCUAUGUGUUCAUUCACAACACCUUGUCAUUCAGCGUUCUGGUCCAGGCUAUGGGCAUUGGCAGCACAAUUGUCAUAGACAAACCAUUUGUCCCAGAGCUCAACCUGGGAUACCAAUUCAGCCCACCUAAGAAGAAGGGCAAGAGCAUCUCAGCCCUCCGUAGCCCCGAGACUGAAGAUGAUUGCCAGAGCCCCAAAGGCACCAGCCCCGUGUUUGGGCUGGAGCCACUGUCGAUGGAGCUGCAGCCGGGCGAGUCUGUGGACAUGGUGCUGCGAGGCUUCUCCCCCAUCGAGCAGGAGGUGCAGGAUUACGUGAUGUGUAAAGCUGACAUAGAGGUAGCCAGCAUGACAGAGAAGAUAAUAGAAACAACCAUUACCUGCAAGUUUAUUGAUCCCUCUAUAAAAGUAUCAGCGAGACAAUUCUCUUUCCGGGUGGAGAAGAAACCCAGUGAUGAUGUCCUGACUCUGCAGUACAAGCCUUUGGCUUUAAAGAACACCUGCUUGUUGCCACUCGACCUUAUGCUGGACUUGGAGCAGCCGUUUCUGCUCUGCGAUGCGGACCAGCAGCCCCUCCCGGAUGGCCAGCCUGUGACAGUGGAUGUAGGACAGACCUGUCAUCUCUACAUUGCAUUUGACCCAUCUUAUAAACUGGAUUUUCAUAGCUGGAAGGAAGAGAAGGUUCUGAAGAUAAACAUGGUCAACGGCCAUCCUUAUGUGGAGUGUAUCACCCUUCAAGGAGAAGUCCACUUCCCCAAUCUCCAAAUCCAGCCCAGCAUUCUGGAGUUUGGCUGCAUCCCAGCUGGCACUGAAGAAGUGCGUUCUCUGGAGAUAACCAACUGCAGCCCACUGCCUGUCCAGUACCACUGGUCAUUCCAUUCAGACAGCCAGGUGAACAGGCUGAGUUCCUCAAUGCAAGCAGUUGCAGCUGCCUGCACCACUGCUACCAUUCAAACCCCAGCCACCAAGGGUGAAGAGAACCUGUUUGCCUUUGUCAUCUCCAUGGAGACGCUUCAAGAUGACAAAGAUGAAGGAGACAGCCUCACCCCUGAAAGAAGAGCAGGAUCUUCGCCAAUCUUUAGGAGCAGAGAGUGCGCUGGGCAGCAGGGCCAGUGGCUGGACAUGGGGUGUGUGGGAGGGAGAAAUAGGAGAAGCCUGCUGAGAUCCUACAGACCUGUGCGGAGUGUGGGACUUUGUGGCCAUGUUUUCUUCACAAAGGAGUUGAAGGAAUUCAAGUUAUCCAUGGACGUACCUCAUACUCCCCUUGAAGUGGAGAAGGUUUUUGAUAUCUCGCCAUUUUGGGGUAAGCUGCAGCCGGGAGAGAAACAGAAGGUCUCCUUCAGCUUCUUUGGCCACCUCAACACCAUCGCCAGUGUCACGGCGCUGUGCCACGUGGAGGGAGGCCCCACCUACGAGGUGGAGCUGACCGGGGAGGCCUCACGCAUCAGCUACUCCCUGAGCCUCCAGGAGAUCAACUGCGGCGUUCAGAUAUUUAAUGAAAUUCGUCACAGCACAGUCACCCUGGCAAACACUGGCAAGAUUAAAUUCAACUGGGUGCUAAAUCCUAGCACUGCAGAGCAACAUCUGCCUGGCGUGUUUCUGGUCAUCCCCCCCACUGGCUCCGUUGCACCUGGUGAGAAGCAAGUGCUGAAAUUCUCUUACAUGCCAGGAGUACCAGGAGCCUUCAGCAGGACUUUCCAGCUUAAAGUGGGUGACCUGGACCCAGAGAAUAUCUGCCUGAAAGGAGAAGCAUCCUUUCCCAUGAUCAAUGUGAACCUGCCCUGGAACACCAAAGGAAAUGAAAAAAAUGAAAAGCUCCUAAGACCCCUGCAACAAUACAGUCAGCGGAAUCAAUCAGUUGUUCAGAAGACGACUCAGAGCCCCAAGACCUUGAAUUCUCAGACCCCAAAGACUAAGACCUUGAAAUCUCUGACCCCGAAGACCCAGACCUUGAAGACUCAGAAACAGAAGCCCGGAGUGCUUGACUCUGGCAUGUCAAACGCUCAGCUGCAGAUAGAGAUGAUGAUGAUGCUGAUAGAGGAGGCUGCCCUGGAGCUGCAGGAAAAGCUUCCAUCCCAUCCCCCAAACAGCAGGUUCCCUGGCAAAAAGCUGUGCCAGCGUCUUGUCAAAGCUGGGAAUAGCCUGGACUUCAGACAGGAUGUGGUCCUGGUGGCUGUGACACUCUCCAUCAUCAUGAUGCAGCACAAGCAUGGGAGGCUUCAGUUCAGGAAGAAGAUGCUCUGCAGAACAGAUCAUGUGAUCUGGUUGCAGAGCAGUGAAGACUUCCUAGUUGAGCUGCCCGAAUAUGUCCUGGACAUGGGCACUGUCCUUCAGGGUUACACUGAGAGACGCACUCUGGUGAUCACCAACCCUGGGCAGAUCCCAGUGUCCUUCCAUAUCAAUGUAUCUGCCCUGCAGAACACAGGUUUCAGAGUGAAUCUGGACCAGAUGCAGGGCCUGCCCCACAACCAGACCAGAAUGCUUGAAGUGUGCUUUGAAAGCACCCGCUGGCUACGGGGUGAUGUGGAUGUGCUGCUGCCCAUAGAGGUGGCAAAAGGCCCCACGUAUAACAUCCGCCUCCAUGCCACUGUGUUGGAACUGUCACUCACCCUUUCCAAGAACAUGCUGCAGUUCUCUGAUAUCCAUGUUGGGCAGUGCCAGAUUGAGACAGUCCAGUUCUACAACUGGUUCCAGAUACCCUGCGAGUGGUUCAUUACUGCCAUCAAGCCUGUCAGGAAGGACAAUCAACGCAAACGCAUUACACCAGCCAUGCGUCAGAAGCAGCAGGUGCUGGAGGAUGAGCCCUGUCCCUUUGAAGUGACGCCCUCCAAAGGAACCCUCAAUCCAGGAAGGUGGCAGAACUUACAAAUCCAGUUUACACCCAAGCAGGAGAGGUCUUACAAGAAUGAGCUGAAGCUUAACGUUUGUGGAAGCAUCAAUCAUUUAAAGCUGCACCUCUCAGGACAAGGUCUAGAGCCACGGUUGGAGUUCAGCCCCCCAGCACUCAGGAUGGGAUGGGUGCUGGUGGACAGUGAUGGGGUGGAUGCCACAGUGGUGGUGAAGAACCCAUGCAACUUCCCUGUUGAGUUUUACUCACUGGAUUUUGAUGAGCAGUACCUUGAGGAGGAGAAGAUCCUGCGGAUAGCAGUGGGGUCUGAGUACCAAAAGAACUUCCUAAUGCCUCCACGCACCGUGGGUGGGACGCUGCCCUCAGAGGUGCUGGAGUACUAUGAAGCACAGAAGAGGCUGAAAGCUCAACAGGCAGAGCUGAAGGCUAGGGAAGAGGCCAAGGCAAUGGACAAGGCAGCACCAGCAUAUCAUGGGGCUGUCACACCCUCUCCUGAGCCCAUGGUGGAAGUGACUGGGAGCCCUAUCUCUCAGGCUGUCAUGCGCCACCUGGGCAUCGACCCAUCUUCAGAGAGUUGUGAAGCACAGCAGGACAGAGGGAUUGUUGUUAUUGUCCAUGGGCCACCCCGGGCAGGAAAGACAGAGAUAGUGGCGGCCCUGUGUCACUAUUAUGACACUGCUCACUUGUCCAUUGACACCAUGGUGAAAGAGGCCAUCGCCAAUGAUCAGAGCCAAGCAGGGCGCCGCGCCCGGGAGCUUUGCACCAAGGCUGCCAUGGAGCUGAAAGGCGAAGACCAAGAUGAUGCUGGUAAAAAGCUUACUGCUCGGACCAAGAAUAAACAAGCCUCUGAAGAAAAAAUCAUCAAGAAGAAUGCCAAAGGCAAGAACAUUCCAGCACAAAAGAAAAAGGAGCCAGCCAGCAAAUCCAACAAAAAGCUGAACAUCGUCAGCAGUCAUGGGGAAAAGCUGAACUGCUUGAGCUGUGUGCUGCCCGAGGACCUGCUGGUGGACAUCCUAUGUGAGAGGCUGAAGCAUGAAGACUGCUCCAAGGGAGUGGUCUUUGAUGGCUUGGAGAGCCUCUUCACAAGCAGCCUGGAAUCUUCUCUGCUCUGUGUAUUCAAAGCUGUUACCAAUCAUCUUCAUAUCUACAUAGUGAACCUGCAUCAGGAUUCCCCAAAGAAGGGGAAACCCAAACCCCCAAAGAAGUGGGAAUCCAAAUCCCCAAAGAAGGGGGAUACCAAAGACCCAAAGAAGGAUGAACCCAAAGCCCCAGAGAAGGGAGAACCCAAAUCCCCUGAGAAGGGUGAACCCAAAGCCCCAGAGAAGAGGGAUACCAAAUCCUUAGAGAAGGGCGAACCCAAAGCCUCAGAGAAGGAUGAACCCAAAACCCCUAAGAAGGAUGAACCCAAAGCCCCAGAGAAGGAGGAACCCAAAGAACCCAAAGCCCCUGAGAAGGGUGAACCCAAAGCCCCUGAGAAGGGUGAACCCAAAGCCCAAGAGAAGGAAGAACCCAAAUCCCCAGAAAAGGGGGAACUCAAGGACGUAGAGAAGGGGCAGCCCAAAGCCCCUGACAAGCAGGAUAUCAAAGCCCCUAGGAUAGGGGAAACCAAAGCCCCUGACAAGGGGGAAGCCGAAAUCCCAGAGUACCCAGCUGAGAUGGAUAAGAACUUGAUCCAGAGGUUUCAAAUCUAUGAGUCAUCGCAGCAGGACCUCACACAGCUUUUCUCCUACGGUGACAAGGUUCAGGGUUCUGUGCAGUUACCCGUGAUCCAAAACAGAAAUACGUCCCUGCCUUCAGCUGAAAACAAAGGUCAGAAGACCUAUAAGUCUCAGGAGAAGGUGGAGAAGAAUCCUGAACAAAAAGGUGGAGGCCAAAGAAGUCUUCAGUCAUCUCAGCUGGAGACACAAAGCGAGGUUGCAGAAGGGGCAGUCAGAGAUGAGCAUGUCAGGGUGCGGUGCUUGGACAUCCAGGUCACAAAUCCGAAGGCCAUGAUUAGGGAGAUCCUGAGGGAUGGGAGGCUGCCAACAAAAGAUGAGGUGACAAUGGCACAGAGCCUUGUCCAGGCCCCUGAUGAUGUUCCACAACGACUCCGUAGCAUCUUCAACUACCCAGAGGAGCGGUUGGGUUCUGCAGAGUGUGUGAAGCCCUUCACCAUUGUUGCACCAGAAGGUGCUGCUAUGGAAGACAAUCGGGCCAAGGCCCCAGAUGCCAGGGGCAGUUCUGCCGAGGGCCAACCGAAGUCACAUAAAGCAGCCAGCAGAGACAACUCUCCAAAGGAGAACCAGGUGUCCACACACAGAGCAGAAAGUCCCCAGGAUUCCUCUGCAACAAGAUCCAAAAGUGUGCUGAAAAGAGCCUCAACCCCCACAGAAUUCCACAGGCUGAAACGGUACCGAUGGAUAGUGCCUGACCACGGUGAGGUGGAACUGAAGGUCCACUUCUCCACCAAAAGGCCAGGGAAGUUUGAGCACACGCUGAGGUUUGAGCUCGUGGAGACAAAGCGCCAGUACGAGCUGCCCUGCAGUGGCACGGGCGUGUACCCCAGCAUCAGCCAGAACCCGCGGCUGGUGUUUCCACAGUGGAGGGAGACCAUGGAGGCAGAUGAAAUCAUCUUCAAGGAAUAUGUUGAGAGCACAAAGCAAUUCCACUUUGGACCUCUGCUGUGUGGGAAAUCAAGAGAGUGGUACAAGGCCCAGAACUGUUCCAGCAACUUGGAGAAUUUAACCAUCCUCAACAACUCCCCCAUGGAUGUAGAGAUCCAGUUCUCCUUUGAGAAUGAUGGGAAAGCAGAGACAUUCCUUUUGGACCCUCCCAGCAUGACACUAAAACCAAAGGAGAAGCAGGAGCUGACCAUUUGGGCAUACCCCACUUCCCCUGGCUUCCUGGAAGACAAACUCAUCUGCUGCAUUGAGAAGAACCCAGACCCAGUGGUUUUCAGCCUGUGCUGCCAUGGGGUGCACGUGAUGCUGGAGGUCAGCCCCCUGGAGCUGUCUUUUGACAAGCUGCUUCUGCACAGGACUGACAGCAGGACCUUGGUCCUGAAAAACAACACCCUACUGCCCAUGGCCUGGCAGCUCACUGGGCUGGAUGACCUUGUUGAGGCCUUCUCCUUGUCACAAGAUAACGGCAUCAUUGAUCCCCGCUCAGAGUUUGAAGUGACCCUGAAUUUCAAGGCCAAGCAGAUUGGCAGCAUUAAGAAGACCCUGCGACUAGAGGUUUCCGAUACAGAAAACAUCCUGGGGAUUGUUCAGGCUGAAAACAUUGAAAUCUCUGCAGAGGUCUACGACAUUUCUCUGAGUCUUGACAUGCCUGAAGGUCCAGAUGGAAGCUUGGAAUUUGGAACCAUUCAUGUCCUGGAUAAUGUGAAGAAAGUCCUGACUCUAAAGAACAAAGGGAUGUACAACAUUGAGUACUGUUUCGUGCUGAAGGGUAUAGGUCCCAGGAUGCAAGAUUUGGCAUCCCACUUCACUAUUGAGCCUCAGUCGGGCAUGCUGAUUGCCUCCAAGCCUGGUGUGAAUAUUGAGAUGGUCUUCCACCCCACAAGGGAAAUGCUCCUCAAGAACAAACCCAUCCUGUACUGCCAGGUGACAGAUGCCAGCUCAGGGGAAGGAAGCCAGACUGUUGCCACCAUCCCAGUGAGGGUGACAGCGAAAGCUGUGUACAGCAAGUACAGUAUUGAGCCUGCCUCACCCAUCAACUUUGGGGCCAUGCUCAAGGGCACCAAGAAGACCCAGACUGUCAUGCUGGAGAACAGAGGCAUGCUCAACUUCAAAUUCCACAUCCUACAAGCACCCGAGGAUGCAUCUGUAUUGGAAAGCAAAAGUUCAAACCAAGGGGAAUCUGCUGUAUUGGCUACAAAGCUGAAAUCAAGCUCCUCACAGGGUUACCUCAGUCUUGGCAUGUUCAGGGUGUCCCCCUGCUCUGGCUCUGUUGCUCCAUGGGGCCAGCAGAAGAUCACAGUGGAAUGCCUCGCAGGGCAGGAGGGGACAUAUGAGGAGCAGCUCUACAUUGACAUCACGGGCAGAAACCCCAAGGACAAUCCCGUGGGCAUUCCCUUUACUCUGAUUGCCGAAUCCUGCCUUCCAGGAUUUGUUGAGGAUGUCAUGUUAACCUUUGAGGAGUACCCGAUCUGCAGCAGCACCAACCUCAGCCACAAGCUGCGGUCAGUGAAAGGCACGGGUCUGUUUGUCAGAGAAGAGAACAAAUUUGUCUUCACCAAGGUUCUGGUUGAGCAAGAGGCUGAAGCUAAUUUCAAUAUCUACAAUGCAAGUGGUCUGCCAUGUGAUGUGGUCCUCUCCAUCAAACCCCUGCCUGGAAAGGAAAAAAGCCCUAUCAACAACAUUUUCAAAUUGUGUCCAGACAAGAUGUCUGUUCCCAGCUCAUCCAAGGCCGUUGCUACAGUGACCUUCACCCCACCGGAUAAGCAGAACUACAGCUGUACUUUCAAGGCUUCCCUUGUCAUCCCAAAAAGCUCUGUGCAAAUUAAGCCCCAAACCCUGACCUUCACCAUCAGUGGGAAGGGGCAUGAGCCACAGGUGACAGUCGUGUGCCCAAGUGCUCGCAGCAAGAGGGGAAAUGCUGUGCUGCGCUUCAAGAGACUCCGGGUGGGGGAUUCAGAGAUGCUCCCCCUGGUCAUCCGUAACAAUGGCAUCGUACCUGUCAAGUUUAUGUUACACCUGGAGGAUGAGCACGGAGCGUUCUUCUUGAAAGGCAGGGGCUCCACACUUGAGAGAUUCUACACUGAAGAUGUGGAAGAGGACUGCGUUGGAAAUGAGAGCAAGCCCCCAGAGAAGCCUUUCUUCCUUCUGCAUUGUGGGCAAUCAACAGAGUUUGAUGUCAUUUUCAAACCCACCCUGACUCAACGUCUGGAAGGGAAUAUUCAUCUGUUAGUGGAGGCCAUCUACUCUAAGAAGACCCUAAUAGAGCUGGUGGGUGAAGGCCACAAGGAUGAAUUCACCCUUGAUGGACUAGAGGAAGACACAGAUGAGAGGAGAGCUAAGCGCAGUCUGAAGAAAGACAUCAUUGAUGCUGUCAGAUUGAAUCACAUCCAGUUUGGGGACUGUCCUGUCGGGAGGCCCUGCCGCAGGACCUUCACCAUCACCAACCAUACCAGUAUGAAGGUCAUGCGCUUUGAGUGGGAGGCAGACGCCGCAUUCCAGUUCUCCCCCAAGAUGGGACACCUCCAUCCUGGCUGUGCCAAGGACAUCACAGUCACCUUGAAAUCAGAUGUGCCAGCCACCUUCAGGAGGCACCUUGUGAAAUGUAAGGUGACCAGUAUCAACUUUGAGCUGCCACGAAGGAAGGGUCAGGACUGGGACGACCGAAUGUCCAUUGUCACAUGGAAGGAUACCACCAGGAAAGACCCAGACGCCAGCUGGCCUGAGAAAGAGAAGAUGGUCCAGACAGCCCCAGAACCAGAACCGGCACCAGCUUACACUGUGGAUGAGAGCAUCCAGGAGGCCGAGGUGUACCUCAGUGCCUUUGUUGCCUACACCAAGUUCAAACUGAACACAGGGUUGGUUCAGUUCAAGGACACCUUGCCCAACCAGACAAGGACAGCCACUUUCAGGAUGCGCAACACAGGGAAAGUAGCCCUGGAAUACACCUGGAUGGAAGCUGCAGAUAGUAAAGCAGUGAAGAAGCCAUACUCAACCACUCUGACACGUCAGUUCCUGUCCUCUGCUACUCUAAGGCAUCACAAAAAGCUGCUGCCUUGUUUCUGGUGGCAGCAGGAGCAUCCUUUUGAGAUACAUCCUCCUGAGCAGCAGCAGGAUUCUGAGCAACUGCAGCCUUCUGAGCAGCAGCAGUCUUCUGAAGAGGAGCAGCUGGAUUCCAAGCAGAAGAAGCAUUCCAAGAAGCAGCACCACUACAAGGAUCAACAUGAGUGGUCAACCCGCAGGGUUUGCAAAGCCUGCAAUGAUGGCAAACAGAUAUCACUAAAUACCACUCCUUUGGGCCCCUGCUUGCCUGAGAGGCACCAUUUUGGAAGGGAAGGCUGUGAUGCCAUCUUCCCUUGGUCCCUCAGCCACAUGGAGGGACGGCCUCAUCCGGGCACCAUUUCAGAACCUUUUGUUCUGGGGAGCCUGAGAGAGCAUUACUUGGUCAAGUCAGGACAAUGUAUGAGAACUAAAGACAAUUCACUGGCCAUUUAG